UCACCCAUCCCACCAAAUCCCCCCCUUGAAAAACUCCUCCUAAUCAAUCGCCGCCUUUUCUCUCUUCUCGCCUCUCCUGCAUCCUCAGCUCGCGAUGGAGGCGCGAUGCGGGGGCCUCGCCGUCGUCGCCGUGCGGCGGCCGCUGCAGCCGCGGGACACCAACGUGGUGGCCUCCCCAGCCGCGGCGCUCGCCGGGAAGGCGGCGAAGGGGAAGGGGAAGGGGAAGGGGACGGCGAGGGCGGCGUCGUCUCCGCCGUCGGUGAGGUCGUACGCGAAGGCCGGGGGAUGCAGGGUGGGGUUGAGGGAGGUGUCGCUGGCGGAGGAGCUGGAGAAGGCGCGGGAGCGGCGGGGCCGGAUGCGCGCGGCGAGGGAGGUGACGGGGAGGGCCCUGGAGGAGCGCGCCGCGGCGCUGCGGCGGGAGGCGAGGGAGUGGGAGCGGCGGGCCGACGAGCAGCGGCGCCUCGUCGCGGAGCUCAUGCGGCUGAUCGGCAUGCCGGAGGUUUACACUCCAGUGGAAUCACUGAGAUCGAAGGAAGAGAGGAAGAGAAAGGAAGGGAUUGCGCACUCUGGUUCGCUGGAUACUGCAUCGUCAUUGCUGGAUGAUGUUAGGGAGAGUUGCUGUGAUCGGGAAUCGGAGGGAGCAACGACUGAAACUAGCUCUUGAUUUGUGUUCCUUCCAGCACUGUCAACUCCUUUUGCAGAUGGCCCGUGAAUGAAAUCAAAUGCCUUGUUUGAGAUUUCUGUUUGUAUAGUUUCGCUAAUUUUGAUUGGGCAAGAGCAAAGUGGUCUGCAAAAUUUGAUACUACUAUUCGUAA